GUAUUAAUUAUUCAAACAAUCAACUUGUUGGCGCUCACGAAGGACACAACAACAUCAACCAUGGCGUCUCCCAUGGUGCCCGUGUAGCAAUGUUUGGGGCGCUAUAGUGCUUAGGCGGCGAAGAGCGUGAGCCCACACAAAAUGGUCUUAAAGAAGGAGAAUUGCUUAAACACAUGUAUACUAUGUCACCUAUGACGUAUAAGACGCUUAUAUAAUCUCUUACUUCACCCUCCUCUCUAACAUUACAUCUCAGCGCAUACAAACACACUAUUGGGGUGUUUGUUUUUUGUGAAAAGAUCUUUAGGACCUCUUACGUCUGCCCCACGCAGACCACACCCAGACGUUUGAGUCUGUAGUAUGUUUGUUUUCUCGAAGACCUUUCAUUAAAAAAUGUCUGCGCGACCUCUUUUUGGUGCAGACAUGGAUCAAGGUCUUCGUACCUUUUCUCCUUCUUUUUUUCCCAUAUGCAACAAACACUGCCCUAGUUCCUUCUCCCCUCCUCCUCCCCCUACGUCGCCAACCACCCCUCCUCCUCCACCACACCACCGGCCCUAACCACAAAAAAAUUUAGCCAUCGAAUCUUCUCUACUUCUCUUCGAUUCCGCCAUGGAAGCAUCUUCUCAACUCAACUGCUGCAGAAUCAACUCUUUCAUCAAGGAUAGAAGCACCGGAUUCACCGUCGUACACUGUCCGUUUCCAACCAUUAUUAAGGUUAACCGCCGGAACAGAGUGAAGACUCGCGUCGUCGCAACCGAGACCAAGCCGAAGACAAUCGAGGCGAAAUCGUCAAAAUCCGUCAAUGGAUCUGUUAAUGGAUCGUCAGUUUACGGCGCAAAUACGAGAAUGGAGACGGUUUCACAGAAGAUUAAACGAGAAUGGAUUGUUUUGUGUUUGAUUAUUGGUGUUUAAAUUCUGAAUUUUGAUUAUGUUAAUAAGUUGAUUA